CUGUCCCCGAGGCACAGAGGCGGAUCUGAAGUUCGGUGACGGCGCCCGGGGUGCCCGGCGCCAGGCCCGGGAGACGGACCGCCAUGCCCGCGUCCCCCAGACUCUCCCGCCGCUCCCGGCCCCGCUCCGCCCAGAGUCCGAUGGCGGCGGCGGCGUUGAGGGACCCGCCUCAGCUCCCGGCCCCGCUCCGCCCACAGAGUCCGAUGGCGGCGGCAGCGCCGAGGGACCCGCGUCAGGUUGGUGUGACCUUUGAAGACAUUGCCGUGUACUUCUCCUGGGAGGAAUGGAGGCUCCUUGAUGAGGCUCAGAUACGCCUGUACCUUGAUGUGAUGCUGGAGAACUACACACUUAUAUCAUCACUGGGUUGCUGCUGUGGAGCAGAGGAUGCAGAGGCACCUUUUGAACAGAUCGCUUCUCUAGGAGUGUCACAGGCUAGGCCUCCCAAGGCAGCUUUGUGUUCCCAGAAGACGCACCCCUGUGAGAUGUGUGGUCCAGUCUUAAGAAAUGUUUUCCACUUGGCUGAGGAUCAGGAAACGCAACACAGCCAGAAACUGUUGAGGUGUGGGGCAUGUGUGAAACUAUUUUAUUUUAGUGCAAACUUUAAACAGCACCAGGAGCAGCACAUGGGAGAGAAAACUCUCAGAAGCAGUGUGGAUGAGGCCUUGUUUGUGAAGAGCUGCAGUUUCCAUGUGUCACAGAAGCCAUUUACCUGUAGGGAGUUUGAAAAGGACUUCCUGACCAUUGUGGGACAUCUGCAGCAACAGGCCACUUGUACUGUCGAGAAGCCAAACAAAAUCACCCAGUGCGGGUCAACUUCACAAGGCAGGAGAAGUCAUCACACCUGGGGAGAAUGCAAGAAAGCCCUCAGCCCCAAACACACACUUGUUCAGGACCAGGGGGACCACACUGGAAGACCUUGUUUUGUGUGCAGUGAGUGUGGGAAAACAUUCAGGUACAAAUCCUCAUUUGUUGUACACCAGAGAGUCCAUGCUGGAGAAAAGCUUCAUGUGUGUGGUGAAUCUGGAAAAUCCUUUAGGCAAAGCUCAACCCUCAGUCAACAUCAAAGCAUUCAUACUGGGGCAAGGCAGUACAAGUGCAGCAAGUGUGGGAAAUCCUUACUCUACAAAUCUGUCCUCAUUUCUCCCCACACGUGGCACAAUGGAGAAAACAGUUACGUGUGCAGUGAAUGUUCGAAAUCUUUUACCUCUAGCUCAGCCCUCACUUAUCAUCAGAGAUCUCACACAGGAGAAAGGCCUUAUGAGUGUAGUGACUGUGGGAAAUCUUUUAUCUCUAGGCCUGCUCUCAGAUACCAUCAGAGAUCUCACACAGGAGAAAGGCCUUAUGAGUGCAGUGAAUGUGGGAAGUCUUUUACCACUAGCUCUAACCUUCAUUAUCAUCAAAGAGUUCACACUGGAGAAAGGCCUUAUGAGUGCAGUGAAUGUGGGAAAUCUUUUAACAAUAGGUGGGUUCUCAUUCAACACCAGAGAGUUCACACAGGAGAAAGGCCUUAUGAAUGUAGUGAGUGUGGGAAAUUGUUUAAAUAUGGAUCCCAAUUGAAUCAACACCAGAAAGCUCACACUGGUGAAAAGCCUUUUAAGUGCACUGAAUGUGGGAAAUCUUUUAACAAUAGGUGGACACUCAUUCAACACUGGAGAGUUCACACAGGAGAAAGGCCUUUCGAGUGCAGUGAAUGUGGGAAAUCGUUUAAUCGGAGAAAUAACCUCAUUUUACACCAGAGAAUUCAUACAGGAGAAAGGCCUUAUGUGUGCAAUGAAUGUGGGAAAUCUUUUACCUUCAGCUCCAGCCUUCGUUACCAUCAGAGAGCUCACACUGGAGAAAGACCUUAUGAGUGCAGUGAAUGUGGGAAAUCUUUUAUCUCUAGGUCUGACCUCCAUUAUCAUCAGAGAGUUCAUUCUGGAGAAAGACCUUAUGAGUGUAGGGAAUGUGGGAAAUCCUUUAUCCAAAGAAAUAACCUCAUAAUACACCAGAGAAUUCACACAGGAGAAAGGCCUUAUGAGUGCAGUGAAUGUGGUAAAUCUUUUACCUGUAGUUCCACUCUCCAUUAUCAUCAGAGGGUUCACACUGGAGAAAGGCCUUAUGUGUGCAGUGCAUGCGGGAAAUCUUUUAUUACCACGUCCAAACUGCGUUGUCAUCAGAGAGGUCACAGUGGAGAAAGGCCUUAAGAGUUCAGUGAAUGUGGGAAACCUUUUACAGUAAGUCUUAUACAAACUAACAAGUUCCGUUCUGAGAGUGAGUUUGUAAGUCCAAUUUGUUCUUAAGUCCAACAGAGUUAGCCUAGGUACCCAACUAACACAAUGGGCUUUAUAGUACUGUACUGUAAUAGGUUUAUAAUACUUUUCACACAAAUAAUACAUU